AUGCGCUCCUCGGACGUGUUUAGCAUCUCCACAGAGGGUACACUGAUUGCCUCGCCCAUCUUCUGGACAGUGGCCGCCAUCCUCGCCUCACUGUUCGUCUACACACUCUUGCUCCCACCUGCCUCGCUCUAUCGGUCUUCGCCCGUCGAGCCGUACCGCUCGUCGCUGCUGCCUGGGCUUGGUCCGAUCACACUUUACUCGCAGCGCAACACGUUCUUGCGCACCGUGUUUGGCGAUCCGGAAACAUGGGAUACCACACCACCCAAAAAACACGGUCUUCGGCUCAACUCUCGUGGUCACAUUUUGACGGUCAUCAACGACGUUCGUGCGGAUGCCAAGACGUUUUUCAACGAUCGAGGUUUGAAUUUCAACCAGGGAUAUGAAGUCAUGUUUGCCGGUGUCCCGCAGUUGCCUUCGUGGUUGGCGCCAACUGCACCUGCUGACGAUGCGGGUACGGAAGGGUUUGUCAUGAACCUCAAACAGGCGAUCGGCGGCGAGAGACUCUCGCAGACCAUCCCGGACAUUAUCCGAUGUAUCGUUCAGAACUUUGAGAGCUAUCCGCGCCAAAACGGCAAGUUGGACGUGCACAAGACCAUCUACCCGCUCGUCUUCCAGAUCAGCGUGCUCCUCAUCGGACUACAGGAGCACGCACGUGAUAUUAAUGCGGUCAAAGCGCUCGAACGACCGUUCUGGGAGUUUGCCGACAACACUGGAUUCAUGGCUACCCACUUUCCACUGCUACCCUGGCCUUCAACGGUACGCAAGUGGAUCGGAGCCAUCAAGAUGUCGGCCGAAAUCCGAAAGACGCUCCAACAGCGCAAGAAUGAGGGUCGUCGCGAGAACGACUAUGUGCAGGAGAUGAUCGAUCGAGGCGCUUCGGCGCGUUCGAUCGAAGACUUUGUUAUGGGUGGACUGUUCGCUGCCAUCAUCAACUCGACAGGCAUCGCCGCGUACCUACUCAUCUUCCUCUGCUCGCGCCCCGAUUUGCGCGAUCGUGUUCGGCGCGAGCUCGACGACAUCUUUCGCAAAUCAGCCAAAGACCGUGGUGAUGACUAUGACUCGCUCUCGCUGCAAGAAAAACUCUCGCGCGUCCCCAUCCAUGUGUGGGAAGGCGAGAUGCCUAUCUACCAGACUGUGUUUGACGAAACCCUACGCAUCCUGCUCAUCUCACUCAUCUUUCGACGCAAACUCGUUACUUCGUCCAAAGUCACGCAUGGCGAAACAAAGAUCAGCAACGACUCUAUUCGAAACCGCGAAUUUGUGAGCUUCUGGCUCGCCGCUGCACACCGAAAUAGCAAUAUCUACAAGAACCCACUCGAGUUCGACCCGGAACGGUUCGCCCGAGGCGAAGGAAAGCGCGAAGGCGAAUUUGUGCCCUGGGGUGCAGGCAGACACAUCUGUCUGGGCAUGAGAUUCGCCAAGCUCGAAAUCAGAGCUGUGCAUGCCGCUUUUCUGCUCAACUUUCCCGAUACCAGAACGACCGAUCGAACCGGUACCCCUUACCCCGCCCACCACGUACCCCUCCCCGACCAGGAGAGCGAACAUAGAAGGUACCCCACCAAACCCGUCGCACUCACCUACACCGUCAACCCCCUCGCCAAAUAA